AUGUACUCUGCUACUUCAACACCAGUUAGAACCCCUUCCAAAACAAAACUUCAUAAAGACGCAUCCUUUUCAAUACGACAUAAGAAUAAAUUAUUUGAAGAAGAAUUUAUUAAUUAUGUGAAUAGUGUGAACAAUAAUUUAUCACUAAAAAAACAACAAUGGCAAAUUACUUUUUCUGCAGAUAAAGGAGCCAGGUCGCAAUUGUAUGAACAAAUCAAAUUAACUGAGAAAAGGCAAAAGGAUGACCUUGCAACAAAAGAAAAAGAGAAAAGAGAUAUUAAUAAGAUUCAGUCAGAGAUUUCGGAAAUGAAACGCAAAAGAGAAACCAUAAACGAACACGUCAGUAAUUGGAGGAAUCAAAUCGAGAAUCUGAAAAGAGAUAUUCAAAGGCGACGUGAAAUCAAUAUGUCAAAGAAACAAGCUUUACAAGCACAAUUUUCAAAAAAUGAGCCAGAAUUAAAACGAUAUGCGGAUAAACUAGCAUUCACAAUGGUUGGAAUGAAAGUUCUAGAAUGUAACCCACAAAUCGAUCAAUUGGACGAAAUAUUAUCACAAUUAAAUACUAAACGUGAUUUUUUUAUGUUUUUAAAGAAAAUGAGGCAGGCUUUUUAUAGACUCGCCCGAUAA